AUGAAUCCAGCUUCGACCAUCCCAAUCGAAAUAGUGACCUUGAUCAUAAAAUAUUGCGCCGAAAAAGCCUUUCAUAUGGGUAUUAACGAUUCCAACAGCGCCGAUAAUCCAUUUCUACACCGAACAUCCGUUAAGGAGUUGCUCAGCUUGCGUGUACUUGGAAAAUCUUGGGCUGCAGCCAUCCCACCAGUCGUAUAUCAGGCCUUGCGUUUACAAUCACCUUGGGCGCAGGCUUACAUAAGCGGUAUGUGGAGUAAAGGUGUAAUUAUGUCAAGUUUGUCCCAUCACCACCUUCGACGACUAGCUUUGGACCGCGUCAUGUACCUACCAAGCCUCGGAUCAGAAAGUUUCUACGAAGGCACCAUGGAUCAUCUGUUUAAGAAACUUGAAUCAGAAUAUGAACACUAUAAUACUAAGUCGAUGUCCAUGAAUGAUGCUACGAAACUCAUCCUUCUGUGUAGCUCGAGCUUGACUGACCUAAAAAUUGGAUUCACUGGCACUGUUGGUUUCUCAGACGACUUAGUCCUCGCAAUUCAAGCUAUCAGCAGUUUGAAAUCUUUCUCUAUCGAAGGUGACGAACGACAUAACAUCAUGAACAAUGCCGACUCCUUGAUUGAAAUACUGAACCAUACCGAUCUACUAGAAUCACUAUCACUGAAAUUUAGUACGUUGGGUUCAUUGGCAGUCAGGGACGGAGCCUUGCCUCAAUUGGUGCAUUUCUGGGUGGCAUUGCAUUGCGAGAAUCUCAACGCAAUCAACGACUUUUGUCAAGCGCCUGGAAGACGAAUUAAACUAUUAGAAUUUAGUCCAACAAGCUAUGUGGGGGAUUCAGAGGCAAUGAUCAGAGCAAUGAGGAGUACACUUGAGGGGCUAUUUAUUGAUAGAAUGCCUGACCGAUUACCAGAUGAGCUCCGUUUUAUGCGAUUCCCGAAGCUUCGAAUCUUCAGGAAUGUGCACAUCAGCCCUUCCUUUCAUCAACCAGCAUGGUUUGGCUGGCCUUUUUUCGAGGCGGUCAACAUUUUCAUUACCUCUUAUGAUAAGGGUAAUACCUACUGGAGGAAAUUACUAGAAGAGUUCGGGGAUUUGAGAAUGCCUUUGAAUUUAAAACGUUUUAUCUUCGUAACUGGGAAAGGGAAAGUAAUAAAAGAUGAAAGGAAUCGGUUAAAUACCUUAAGGGCAGUGAGAGAUCCGAGUGCGAAGACAGCAGUUAAUGCACAAAGCGGAGCCAUUGAAGAUGCAUACGUGAGAUUUUUUGAAGUACUUAAAAUCAUCUCUAUUCCUCUUACUAUGCAAAUGUGUCGUAUGAAAUAA